GACCAAGCCGUUGAGGUUCCUGCUGAGCCACAGGACCACAGCGUCUGUGAAGACCUCCCAGCCUUGACCCUCAUGACUGGUGGGUUGAUGAGCCCUCACUGUCAGCACAGAGUUCAGCAGCAGAACGCCUGACGAUAUUUAGCAUUCCAGCAUAACCUAGUGAAAUGAGUGCACUGAAAAGAUCAUCCCAAGUGGCUUACCAACGCUGGAAAGACACAAAAAUCAGCUUUGUGACAUCCCGGGCGGAUGAUAAAAGCGUCCUCACUGUUCAUGAGGAGCAGCCUGGGGAAAACGAGCCUAGCAAUGAAGGAGUUUCCACUAUUAGGGAGCAAGAUUUGGAGGACAGCAAGAAAAGAAGCUGUGGAAUCUCAGAAACCUUCACUGUGGAAGAAGCAGUUGAGGCUAUUGGUUUUGGAAAGUUUCAGUGGAAGCUGUCUAUGAUAACAGGAGUUGCGUGGAUGGCAGAUGCUAUGGAAAUGAUGCUCCUCAGUAUUGCAACUCCUCAACUGCGCUGUGAGUGGAGGCUCUCCAGCUGGAAAGUGGCUUUUAUAACAGCUAUAGUGUUCAUUGGAAUGAUGGUCAGCUCCUCGCUUUGGGGGAACAUUUCAGACAAGUAUGGCCGAAAAGUGUGUUUAAUACUGUGCAUGCUGUGGACAUUGCACUAUGGGCUUCUCAGUGCUUUUGCACCUGUUUACAGCUGGAUCUUAGUCUUGCGAGGCCUUGUGGGAUUUGGCCUAGGAGGAGCCCCUCAGUCAGUGACAUUAUAUACUGAAUUCCUCCCAGUGAAAUCCAGAGGGACAUCCAUAAUCCUGUUAGGGGUGUUCUGGGCCUUGGGUGCUGUGUUUGAAGUGUUACUAGCCAUGAUGGUCAUGCCCACAUUAGGCUGGAAAUGGCUGCUAGGUUUCUCCGCCCUUCCUCUAGUUGUCUUUGCUGCCUCCUGCUGUUGGUUACCAGAGAGUGCUAGAUUUGAUGUACUGAGAGGCAGAGGAGACAAGGCCCUGGACACUUUGAAAUAUAUAGCAGCAGCUAAUGGGAGCUCUGUGCCUACUGGAAGACUUAUAGCCAACACGCAGACUGAUCGCGGGAGGAUUACAGAUCUCUUUAUACCAGAAUACCGAAAAACAACGCUCUUAGUCUGGUUUAUCUGGUUUUGCAAUGCUUUUUCAUAUUACGGCAUUGUGCUGCUGACCACCGAGCUGUUCCAAGCAGGAUCUACGUGCAGCGCCAGCGACAACUCAAGUAUGGAACCUCGGUGCAGUUUGGAGUGUAAUUACCUGACUUUUCAUGAUUAUGUGGACCUUUUGUGGACCACCCUGGCAGAAUUUCCAGGUAUUCUGGUGACCUUGUGGAUGAUUGAUCGAGUUGGCAGGAGAAAAAGCAUGGCAGUUUGUUUUUUAUUGUUCUCCGUGUCGAUUUUGCCUCUGUAUUCCUGCACACAAAGGACACUUCUUACGGUCUUUAUUUUCAUUGCUCGAGCCUGCAUAACGGGGGGAUGGCAGGUUGCAUACGUUUAUACACCUGAGGUUUUCCCUACAGCAACCAGAGCUAUUGCUAUCGGUACAGGCAGUGGCAUGGCUCGUGUUGGAGCUCUCAUCACACCAUUUAUUGCUCAGGUCCUUCUGAAGUCAUCCGUUUACCUGACUCUUUCUGUGUAUUUAAUAUGUUGCUUGCUGGGCAUGGUGGCAUCCUGGUUUUUGCCCUUGGAAACAACAGGACGGAGCCUUCAGGAAUCAACGCAAAGCACAAUGGAUCAAAAAAACACAGAAGAGUCCUCCAGCAACGCGUGUCCUUAACGGCAUAUAGAAAACUGAAUCUGCGGGAUCUCAGGACUAAUAGUGGAAGAGGCCAUAAAGUAUAAUUUUACCAUAUGUAUAUGCAUUUUAAAGUGAAGAUACAUGUAUAUAUUAUCUGUGAUUUCCGUCUUUUUUGUCUUUAGAAAUGUUACAUUAAACCAUUUAUGAUGUCAAGAA